AUGAUCACCCUCGCCCGCGGCCUCAGAGCCUCCUCCCAGUCGAUCGCACGCUACCAAGCCCACCCAAAGACCUUCGCCAGCUCGGCCGCCGCGAGCGAGAACAAGCCCGCGUCCGCCGAGGCGGGCGUGUUCAAAGGCUUCAAGCUGCCCGACCAGACCUACAAGGUCACCCUCAUACCCGGCGACGGCAUCGGCCCCGAGAUCUCAGAGUCCGUCAAGGCCAUCUACGCCGCCGCCAAGGUGCCCAUCACCUGGGAGGAGCGCGACGUCACCCCGGUCAUCGUCGACGGCCGAUCGACAAUCCCCCAGGAGGCGAUCGACUCCAUCCACCAAACCACCGUCGCCCUCAAGGGGCCCCUCGCCACCCCCAUCGGAAAGGGCCACGUCUCCCUCAACCUCACCCUCCGUCGCACCUUCAAACUCUUCGCUAACGUCAGGCCCUGUCGCUCGAUCGUCGGCUUCAAAACUCCCUACGACGACGUCAACAGCGUCCUCAUCCGUGAGAACACCGAGGGCGAAUACUCGGGCAUCGAACAUGAGGUCGUCGAUGGCGUCGUUCAAUCCAUCAAACUGAUCACCAUGGACGCCUCCGAGCGAGUAGCCCGAUACGCAUUCCAAUACGCCCGUCUCAACAAGCGGCCCCAUGUCACGGCCGUCCACAAAGCCUCGAUCAUGAAGAUGUCCGAUGGGAUGUUCCUCCAGGCUUGUCGUCGGGUCAAGCAAGACUUCCCCGAUAUCAAGUACGACGAGGAUAUCCUCGACCGGGUCUGUCUGAGGAUCGUCCAGAACCCUGCACCGUAUUCGGACCGAGUGAUGGUCAUGCCAAACUUGUACGGUGACAUCCUGAGUGAUAUGUGUGCCGGUCUGAUCGGAGGAUUAGGACUGACACCGUCAGGAAACAUCGGACGGGAUGCGUCGAUCUUCGAGGCCGUCCAUGGCUCGGCACCGGAUAUCGCCGGACAAGGCAAGGCCAACCCGACUGCCUUGCUGCUCAGCUCCUUGAUGAUGUUGCGUCACAUGAACCUCGCCCAGUACGCCGAUCGGAUCGAAAAAGCAACCCUCGAGACGAUCGCCGAAGGUAAACACAUCACCGGCGAUUUGGGCGGCAAAGCUUCAACUCAGCAAUACACCGAAGCCAUCCUCAAGAGAUUAUAA